AUGGCUUCUGAAGAGGAUUUUCAAAAGACGAAGGCGCAUUGGGCUUACAGAUUCAAAACUCCGCGCAAGUUAAAGAAUCUCAUGAUAAACAAAAGAGGUUGUUCAAGCCAUUCCCCGGGCAUUGGAAAUGUGAAAUAUGUGAAAAACUUAGAAACUGGACAUACAGUUACCACUCAAUUUCGAUGUUCAAAAUUUGGUAUUGGUUAUCAUCCUUAUACAAAUAUUGGAUGGACAAUGAUGAAUUCAUGUCUUGAAAAACCAUGUCCGUAUGGAUUUGCAUUUAACCGGAGAUAUCCCAUUCAGCAAGACUAUUCAGGAUCGUUCAGUUAUAGUGCAACAAAGAGCAUUUCCGGAAUUGAAUACGCAGCAACGGCCCAAGUUGGCUGUAGCCGAGGACAUUGUUGUGGCUGUCACGGACCUUCAAGAGGUAAACGGAACUAUUGUUUUGAAAAAUGCAAAGCUCAAAAUGGUGGAACUAUUGAAUCACAGGUCUACUCUUGGUUUUGGGUGAGGACAUCUUUCCCAAAGAAAUUUUGGACCAAAUGUAUUGAUUACAAAAUGAAGGAAAACGGCAUUUUUGUGUGGUAUAAGCUAAUUGGAAACAGUGAAGCACCGAUCGAGGGUCGGUGCGAUAGAACAGGAAAAGCACUCUUGUACGGUGGGAUGUUGGUUGUUCCAGAUAAUACGACGGCAGAAAAAACUCCUUUAAUCGAUGGUAUGAUUGUGUAUCGUCAGGACACGGAGAAAGUUUAUGUAACAAAACAUGAGAAACUACACCCUUUAGCAGAAGAAGAAAAGCCUGUUUCACAAGUUCAAUUAAGGAUAAACAGCGCUUUAAAAUUAUGA